AAAAAACUGCUGAGGAAGAGGAUUCUGCACCAGAACGAUGAAUCAGAAAAGAAGGACAUUUUAACAGAAAAGAACGACAAGCCUGAGGCGAAUAUUUCAUUCGCAUUCGACCCCAUCAAAGAUGCCCAUCUAGUGGCCAAGUAUGCCUAUGAAGCCUACAGGGACGAUGAGGAAAUUAUCAAGUAUUGGUAUCAGAGGUAUCGUUUGUUCUCGAAACUCGACAAAGGGAUCUUGAUGGACCGAGAAGGAUGGUUCUCUGUGACGCCUGAACGAAUUGCGGAACAUAUCGCCGAUCGAAUGGUCCGGCAACCGAAUGUGUUGAUUGUUGAUGCCUUUGCCGGUGUAGGUGGUAACAGUAUCCAACUGGCACUGAAGGGAGCGCAAGUAAUAGCGAUUGAUCUGGAUCCGGUUCGACUUAAGUGCGCCCGCGAGAACGCGAAAGUGUAUGGUGUUGCCGAUCGCAUUGAAUUUGUCUGUGGGGACUUUUUCCAUUUCGCAGCAAAAUGGACGAAUGACGUGGGAAGAUCGGCAGAGGUCGAUGCAGUGUUUCUCAGUCCACCGUGGGGUGGACCAAGUUAUCUGAAACUUCUCGACUUUUUUUUUUAUCGCGAUUUUGAUUUGGAUGAUCUCACUCCCAAUGGUUUUGACAUUUACACAGCCGCGCGAAAGAUGUCGCCAAAUAUUGCCUACUUUUUGCCGAGGAAUACAAAAGUAAAACAGGUA